GUUGUAUGUAGAUUUUAGCAAUGUUAAUUAAGUUUAAUUAAAUAAUUAAACAUAUUAAUAAUGAAUAUUCCACAACAAAUGUUGAAAUUUGUAUUAUUAAUGCAAUAUGAAUUGUAAUUAUCAAAUUUUGCAAAUCAUUAAUACAAAUAAAAUGUAAGACGCAUACACAUACUAAGUAUUGUAUCUCUUAAUAUUUAGAUUCUUAAAAAAUGCAAUGGCAAAGUCAUAAUGCAGAUUGAUGAACACCUUUUAGACAUCAUUAAUGCCCAUCUCACCAUUAAACCUCAAGAAUAAUAAUCUGAGGUACCAUACUCAAUUAAGAAACAACACAAUUUUCAACGGAGGAUUGUGCCCUUCUUCAUGAACCAAUUCAUGCAUUGGGCUGAAGAAAUGGGAUAUAAACAAGUGGAUGGCUACUUGAGAUCUAUUCACAAGAAGAAGACUUCAAAACAAUAAAAAUUUGAAUUAGGAGACCUUAAAAAACUCUUUGGAGCCAUCAAUCCUAGAACAAAGAUCAUUCAAUUGGAAACCUAACACAAAUGGAUAGAAUUCUUAGGAACUUAAGCUGAAGUUUGUGUGCUAAUCAAUAACAAGAUUAAAGAUCAAUCUACUAAAUAGAUGUACAUACAAGCUAUUGAACAGUUGAAAGAAUAGCUGUAGAAGGAAUAACCGUAUGACAAAUUUUUGAGUCUCUCUAAAAAGGACGAAGUAAAAGAGGAGUACAUAAAAGAAGAAUAUACAAGUUGUGAAGUUCCCACUGAUGAGUAUGCACCUACUUAUUAUUAAGAUCCAUAUACUUAUCUAAGUUGUGCAUACAAUAACGAAUUUUGAUUUUAUUCUCAUUUAUAUUUAACAAAUUUAU